UCAUUAUUUUCUUUAUCAAAUUCAUCUAUAUCAAUGAUUUGUUCUUUGAUUGCGUAUGAUCUGAAUUUUUCAUAUUUCUCUUCGUCAUCUAGCUCUUGUUUGAAUUCGUCGCGAAAAUAUAACAAUAAUUCAUUAAUCCAUACGUUCUCUCUUUCCAUCUCCUCUAUUUUCCAUUCGAAAUGACUUGUCUCAUGGAUUAUUACCAUAAAAAUUUUAUUAGAUAAAUAUCAAUUGAAAUUCCGCCAUUCAAUUAAUAUUUUGAACAGACGAUAAAAAGGCUUUAGGCUCGCAGCAAAUAACAUUAAAUAUUAAAUAAUAAUAAUUACAUCUUUUCCCAACAUUCUUCCAAUUUAAUCCAUAACAAUAUCUAACGAUUAGGAUUACGAAUUAUUCUAUUUAAUAAAAAGAACAUUAGAAGGAUAACAGAUAAAAUAGAUUAUUGGCAAGCAUGAUGGGAACAUUCUCAUUUUCCGAUAUAUAGUUUGUAAAAAAUGAUAUUAUGUAUGGUAGUGGUAGAUGUGUGUGUGUGUGUGUGUCAUGAAAAGCAUGGCAAUGUGAGCAUGUAAAAGCAUUCGUGAUCUGCAAUCCAUGAUCCCCAAGAUGCAAAAUUGCGAACUAUGCACAUGAAUGUGAGUGUGAGAAUGUACGUGUGUCUUGUAUAGAGGUUAAAGGUACCUGGUGAAAAUGUUAGAUUAAACUUAAAUUUAUAUAAGAUUUUCUUUCAAAUAGGAUCUAGGCAAGAUUUUACAACAUUUUGUUUUCUUAUACAAUCAUGUACCGUUUCAUUGAUUUUUUUUCCUAUUUGGCCAGGGUUGCUAAGGACGCUUCAUAAUAAUUAGCACAAGAGAAGUAACGUUCAUAUUAGUCUUUUUUUUUGAUGUGACUACCAUCUUUUUCGAUACAUUGCUUGAGCCUAUGCCCCAUUCCAUCAUGUAGACCUCGUAACAAAACUGGCUGUUUCAUCCUCAGCUUCACUGCAAAUAUUGAUAAAAAAUUAGCCAAAAACGAAAGUUGGAAAACCCAAGAUACUUAAUUAUUCGCAUUACUGACAAUCCUUCAUUUAUUCAUUUGUCUUCGAACAGCGACAGUUUAAAUGUCUAAUUCUUUAAAAAGAAUGGCAACUCCUCCUCCAGAAUCAUCUUUGCCGGAGAUGAUUAUUUUUCAUGGAGAAAUUUGUAUUGAAACAUAUAAAGAGAUUGAAUCAAGAAAUAAGACCGCAGAUUCUUCAUUGACAGAAAAGACUGCACAUUCUUCAUCGACAGAAAAGACUGCAGAUUCUUCAUCGACAGAAAAGACUCCAGAUUCUUCUUCAUCAAGAGAUAAAACCGCAGAUUCUUCUUCUUCAAAAAAAGAGAUUGCAGCAUCACCUUCAACAAUAAUUUUAUCAAAACUAAAAGAAAAAUUUUCUAUUGAUAAAUUUGAUCUAACAAUUGUCUGUCAUCCUUCAAAUGACACAUUUGAUGAGCAAAAAGAAGAGAUUGAAAACAAAUUUAUAGAGAAUUUUAUAGAUAUUCUUAAAGAAAAGAAAGUAUUAAUAACAUCGGAUAGUCUUGAAUAUCCUGCAUUGAAAUUACUAUUAAAAAGUAUUAAAAAAUAUGAGGAAAAUGGAGGUUGUCCUGUUCCAAUAGUUAUAUAUAAUCCAAAAGAAAACGAUGAGGGAAAUGUUAAUUAUUUAUCGAUUGUUGAUGAUUUGAAGAGAGAGAUGGAAAAUGAAGUAAUUCAUUUGAUUUUUGAUGAAAAUGAUGAUAAUUUAGUAAAAAUACAAAACUGUUUAGCUAAGAGACAAGAUGUAAUAUGGUUGAACAAUAAAAAUAAACAUCGUUUAGCUAACAAGGUGACAAAAAAUACUGAAUGGUUAAGAAUAGCCGAUGAAAAGAGAGACGACUUUCUCAAGAUAAUUAUAUUCAAUAUAAUUAAUAAAGAGAAAAUAUUUGUAAGAAAAUCAUAUUUAUCUGAUAUUGGAGUAAAUUGUAUGGUUAAAAACUUUCCUAAUUUCAACAUGAAACCAAACUUUAUAAUACAACUACCAUAUUCAACUCUAUCUGAUGAUAAUAUUCAACAAAUUAAGCAUCAUCUAACAGAAAAUGCAUCAUUAUUUUUAACUGAUGGAAAAUCAAAUAGAUUAUUGACAAAAGCUACAAAUGACAACAAAUCUAUAUGGUGUGGAUUUGUAAAGGGUGAACAUAAUACAAUCAAAAAUAAAGAUAGUGUAAGUCAAGAGACAUUAAAGGGUGCCGGUUUGGACCUAAAUCAUCAAUAUUUCUAUUUUCUUGGAGAAGGUGAGGAUGAAAUGGAAACUAAAGAAGCAUUCAUUAAACAUGUUCAGACACAACAUGAAAAGGUUAUUGAUGUCUUAAUUAAUUUUGAAGGCAAUAGUAAUGAUGAGGUUAUUCAAAGGUUAAAGUCUAAAAAAUAUAUUAUUUCUCCAACUGAAAUUAAAGAUGAGAAGAUGAAUGAAGAGUGCAAGAAAUAUUUGAAAACAUUCAAAAAAGAGGAAAAUGGUUUAAAAGACUGUCUUCAAGAGAUUUAUGAAGAAAAUUAUCCAUCCUACUUUAUUGAUGAACAAGACAACGCAACUGUAAAAAAUACUUUGAAAGAAAGGAAAGAUAUACUGAAAGGCAAACAUUUAUUUAUAACAUUUAACAAUAAUGACGAGCACGAUAACUUUGAUAAUCAGUUUAUGAGAAUCUUUGAAAAGAAAUUUAAUGUAGUUGUAAAAGUAUUCAAACCAUUGAUAUUAAUUGAUGGAUGUUCAAAAUUAUUAGGACCCUGUAAAAAGGCGACACAAGAAAAGAAAAUUAAAUUAUAUAGUACAGAACCGUCAUGUCUUGAACAUAGCUCAAAGGAGGAGUGCCCUAAUCAUAAAGAGAAAUAUGACGAGAGAAAGCUGAGUCUUCUACAAUAUCGGAAACAUUUGACAGAUGAUAUUUGGAAUAUUCUUGAAUUGCUUAUAUUCAUUUUCUGUUUACUAUCAGUAAUACUUAUUUUUGUAAUACCAAACAAGAACUUUGCAGUUGUAAGAAGCUUUUACGCCAUUUCAAUUUCGUUGUUUUAUUUGAGAACUGCACUAUUCUUAUACUAUUGGAAAGCAAUUGGAAUAAGGCUAAUUAUGAUUUUUGAAAUGAUUAAAGAUACAGGAGUAAUGAUUCCAAUAUUCUUAAUAUUUAUAUUGGCCUAUGGAGUUGCCCUACAAGGACUUUUAUAUCCCAAUUUUCCAUUUGGACUUACCCUUUUCAAAAAUAUUGUAUACGUGCCAUAUUGGCAAAUAUACGGAGAAUUAUUUCUUGAAGAAAUUACAGGAAAUGAUGAAGAAUCGUGUAAUUCAACAUCUAUAAAUGGUAGCAGCGAUCGUUGUCCACAAAAUUCAGCAGUAGCAGUAAUACUGAUGGCAAUUUAUCUAUUUGGAGCUAUUAUUGUGUUGACUGCAGAUUCUUCAUCGACAGAAAAGACUCCAGAUUCUUCUUCAUCAAGAGAUAAAACCGCAGAUUCUUCUUCUUCAAAAAAAGAGAUUGCAGCAUCACCUUCAACAAUAAUUUUAUCAAAACUAAAAGAAAAAUUUUCUAUUGAUAAAUUUGAUCUAACAAUUGUCUGUCAUCCUUCAAAUGACACAUUUGAUGAGCAAAAAGAAGAGAUUGAAAACAAAUUUAUAGAGAAUUUUAUAGAUAUUCUUAAAGAAAAGAAAGUAUUAAUAACAUCGGAUAGUCUUGAAUAUCCUGCAUUGAAAUUACUAUUAAAAAGUAUUAAAAAAUAUGAGGAAAAUGGAGGUUGUCCUGUUCCAAUAGUUAUAUAUAAUCCAAAAGAAAACGAUGAGGGAAAUGUUAAUUAUUUAUCGAUUGUUGAUGAUUUGAAGAGAGAGAUGGAAAAUGAAGUAAUUCAUUUGAUUUUUGAUGAAAAUGAUGAUAAUUUAGUAAAAAUACAAAACUGUUUAGCUAAGAGACAAGAUGUAAUAUGGUUGAACAAUAAAAAUAAACAUCGUUUAGCUAACAAGGUGACAAAAAAUACUGAAUGGUUAAGAAUAGCCGAUGAAAAGAGAGACGACUUUCUCAAGAUAAUUAUAUUCAAUAUAAUUAAUAAAGAGAAAAUAUUUGUAAGAAAAUCAUAUUUAUCUGAUAUUGGAGUAAAUUGUAUGGUUAAAAACUUUCCUAAUUUCAACAUGAAACCAAACUUUAUAAUACAACUACCAUAUUCAACUCUAUCUGAUGAUAAUAUUCAACAAAUUAAGCAUCAUCUAACAGAAAAUGCAUCAUUAUUUUUAACUGAUGGAAAAUCAAAUAGAUUAUUGACAAAAGCUACAAAUGACAACAAAUCUAUAUGGUGUGGAUUUGUAAAGGGUGAACAUAAUACAAUCAAAAAUAAAGAUAGUGUAAGUCAAGAGACAUUAAAGGGUGCCGGUUUGGACCUAAAUCAUCAAUAUUUCUAUUUUCUUGGAGAAGGUGAGGAUGAAAUGGAAACUAAAGAAGCAUUCAUUAAACAUGUUCAGACACAACAUGAAAAGGUUAUUGAUGUCUUAAUUAAUUUUGAAGGCAAUAGUAAUGAUGAGGUUAUUCAAAGGUUAAAGUCUAAAAAAUAUAUUAUUUCUCCAACUGAAAUUAAAGAUGAGAAGAUGAAUGAAGAGUGCAAGAAAUAUUUGAAAACAUUCAAAAAAGAGGAAAAUGGUUUAAAAGACUGUCUUCAAGAGAUUUAUGAAGAAAAUUAUCCAUCCUACUUUAUUGAUGAACAAGACAACGCAACUGUAAAAAAUACUUUGAAAGAAAGGAAAGAUAUACUGAAAGGCAAACAUUUAUUUAUAACAUUUAACAAUAAUGACGAGCACGAUAACUUUGAUAAUCAGUUUAUGAGAAUCUUUGAAAAGAAAUUUAAUGUAGUUGUAAAAGUAUUCAAACCAUUGAUAUUAAUUGAUGGAUGUUCAAAAUUAUUAGGACCCUGUAAAAAGGCGACACAAGAAAAGAAAAUUAAAUUAUAUAGUACAGAACCGUCAUGUCUUGAACAUAGCUCAAAGGAGGAGUGCCCUAAUCAUAAAGAGAAAUAUGACCACUAUAAAUCACUUAAAAAAUCAUUUCUCCCUAAAGCGAUAUUGCAGAAACAAAUUACACAAGCGGAAGAUAAAAUUCCUGAUUUCUAUUUAAUUUCAAUAUUAAUAGUAAUUGGCGGUGAAAUAUACAAAACUCUACAAGAAAUAUGCAACAUACUAACAGUGAAAAAUCAUAGAAUUGAUAAAAAACCUAAUGUAUUUAUCAUUAGAAAAUGUGGAAAAACAUCAUUAUUUCUUUAUAGAUUUAUUUCUAUAAUUAAAUCUGAAAAGGCAGAAAGUGAAAUUUCCGAUUUAUGGAAAAAGAAGAUAAAAAAUCUUACAAUGACAAAAAAAGUAGAUGAAUGUUUUGAAUUGUGUAAAACAAUUUCUAAAUACAAAGAUCAAAUUCAUAUAGUUAAUUUAUAUAAAGAAGAUUUAAAAACUGCUAUUGAAGAUGCCUAUUUCAACAAAUUAAAUGAUGAUGAUCAAUUUGAAUUGGCAAUCCGCUGGGGAAUUACUCAUAAACAGUUUAAGGAAGAUUUUGAUCCUUACAUUGAAAAAGAAAAAUUUCAAAAUUACCAAGAAUUCUUUACAGAUUCCUUAAAAAGUGACAAUAAACGUGUCGUUGAAAUAGUUCAUAGUAUUUUUCCAGAUGUAACAAAGACUUUCUACCCUGAUGAACUUUUUCCACUUUCACUUAACAACGUUAAAGGUUUUAAAUUCAUUCAGAAUUUAGAGAAAAAGCCAAUUGUUGUCUUAGAAAAGUUAAAUGGUGAAGGGAAAUCGAUUAAAGACUACAAUGUGCGUCUUGAAGAGUUUAAUAAGAAACAAUCGUGUGAAGGGGCUGAAAAACUCUUAAGCAUUUUGAAUAAUGAAGCCUUUAAUGAAAAUGAAGAUGCUCAAAAUCAUAAAGAAAAGCUUAAUAAUUUCAAAAAAGAGUUUAAGAAUGCUGUACUGAAUUUAUUUAAUGAACAUUUUGAUAAGAAUUGUUCAGUUUAUAGCUCACUGGAAAAUAAAUUGUUAGAUGGUGAUGACAUAACAUUCAUAUUUGCUUGGUCAAUUAUUGCCAACAAGACAAAAGUCUCGGAAUACUUUUGGCUGAAGAGUAACAAUCCUUUAAAAUUGGCUAUAUUUGCUUUUGGAAUUUUAAAACGGGCUAGGAAAGAGGCAAUCAAGGAAUGUGAUACUUUUUUAGCUACAUCCUUGUUAGAGAGGAAACAAGUUUGGAAAGACAAAGCCCUUAGAUAUUUAAAUGAUGCUUGUGAAAAUGAUGAAAACAAUAUUGACAAAAAAGUAAAGGAAGAAGCGAAGCAGAGACCAAAUUCCAUAGACUGGGCUAGAGCUGUAGGAUUUAAAGAAUAUAUUGCCAGUGCAUUUGGCCAAUGGUAUUUGAAUGAAUUAUGGCGAGGAAACUUGGGCAACGGAACCAAUUUUUCACCAAUAGUAAAAUUUUGGAUAGCUUUCGUAAAUACAGGAGUAAUGAUUCCAAUAUUCUUAAUAUUUAUAUUGGCCUAUGGAGUUGCCCUACAAGGACUUUUAUAUCCCAAUUUUCCACUUGGACUUACCCUUUUCAAAAAUAUUGUAUACGUGCCAUAUUGGCAAAUAUACGGAGAAUUAUUUCUUGAAGAAAUUACGGGAAAUGAUGAAGAAUCGUGUAAUUCAACAUCUAUAAAUGGUAGCAGCGAUCGUUGUCCACAAAAUUCAGCAGUAGCAGUAAUACUGAUGGCAAUUUAUCUAUUUGGAGCUAUUAUUGUGUUGGUUAAUUUGCUUAUUGCUAUGUUUGCAAGUACAUAUAAUAGAAUUGAAGCGAGAUCCGAAAUUAUUUAUCGUUAUAAAAGAUACGACUUCAAUUAUAGUUUUCACUAUUUUUUCCGCUCAGGAAUUGUCAGGACUGCUAUUGACAAAUUAUGGUCCUCUACUGCAAAAGUGGGGCCGAAUACGACAGAAAACGGCCACAAAUCAACAGAAAACGGCCCCAACUGA